AUGUCUUCAGUACCACCAAACUCAGAUUAUACGUCCCUUACUGGCGAGGAAGACAUCCUUGACAAACUGGCUCGUAAGGCCAAGGAGCAGCCGGUUGUGCCAAUUGGCAUGCUCUUAACAUGCGGUGCUUUAUAUAUGUCUGCUAGGGCUCUUCGUGGUGGAAAUUCUAAACUGGCCAACAGAAUGUUUUAUUGGCGUGUUGGUUUGCAGGGUUUCACUGUGGCUGCUCUUGUUAUUGGAGGAUACUAUUACGGAAAACCCAAUCGUCCUACUGACAGAGACUCUAUUCUACGAAGGACGGCUAAAGAGAGAGAGGACAUUUGGAUCAAGGAGCUUGAGCGCGUGGACGAAAUGGACAAAGAAAGAAAGGCUCGUGCUGAUGCUGUUGCCUUGGAUAAAAAGGAGAGACUUCGUCGUCAAUUCGAGGAGGCUCGUGCUGCCAGUGGCAAAAAGGACGAGUAA